AUGCAGUUCACCAGCCUCUUCACCAUCCUGGCCGUUGCCAUGACCGCCUCCGCCCUCCCCUCCGAGGUCGCUCCCCGCCUCGGCGGCAUCACCUCCUGCUCCAGCCAGUCGGCCAACGUCUGCUGCGAUGGCCUCGCCGCCUGCCUGGUUACCGCUCUCGGCGAGAGCUGCGAGGGUUCCUCCUACUGCUGCGAGACCAACGCCGUGCAGGGCGGUCUCGUCAACGUCAACGCCCUCAACUGUGUUGAGCUUCUCUAA